UCAGCGUGUUGCAGGAAGUGUUCUGGGCGGAGUGAGGGCAUCCCGGCUGAUACGCUAUGGGAGGCGGAAGUGCUGCUGUGACAGCCAUGGCUCGGGCUCUGCAGGCUGGCUGCUAGGGGCCCCGGCAGGCGCUGAGCAGGAGAACCCCCGCUGGCUGCCAGGGGCUGAGCAGGAGAACCCCCGCUGGCUGCCAGGGGCUGAGCAGGAGAACCCCCGCUGGCUGCCAGGGGCUGAGCAGGAGAACCCCCGCUGGCUGCCAGGGGCUGAGCAGGAGAACCCCCGCUGGCUGCCAGGGGCUGAGCAGGAGAACCCCCGCUGGCUGCCAGGGGCUGAGCAGGAGAACCCCCGCUGGCUGCCAGGGGCUGAGCAGGAGAACCCCCGCUGGCUGCCAGGGGCUGAGCAGGAGAACCCCCGCUGGCUGCCGGGGGCUGAGCAGGAGAACCCUGGGGAAUGGCUGCUUUGAAGCCCCUCAGCAGGGCUGGGAGGAGAGAGGAGGAGAAUGGAGACCUAGACAGAUCCCUCCAGGAGAUGAUCUCUGCCAUUGUGGAUGAGAGGAACCGAAUUAAUAUCCGCCAGGAGAUCAGUGGGCUGGGUUUUUUUAAAGAUGACCGCAUUGUGUUUUGGACCUGGAUGUAUUCUACGUACUUCAUGGAGAAGUGGGCGCCGCGGCAGGAUGACAUGUUGUUCUACGUACGGCGCAAGUUGGCUUAUGUUGGUACAGAUGGCAUCGAAGGCAAAAAGCAGGUGGAAGUAGAGGUCUAUCGCAAGGACUCUAAGAAGCUUCCUGGUCUAGGAGACCCUGACAUCGAUUGGGAGGAGAGUGUCUACCUGAAUCUCAUUUUGCAGAAGCUGCAUUAUAUGGUGACCUGCGCGGUGUGUACGCGAUCGGAUGCUGGGGACAUCCACAUUCAUAAAAAGAAAUCCCAGCAAGUGUUCGCGUCACCGAGCAAACACCCAAUGGACAGCAAGGGAGAGGAAUCGAAGAUCAGCUACCCCAAUAUAUUUUUCAUGAUUGACAACUUUGAAGAGGUAUUUAGCGACAUGACAGUGGGGGAGGGGGAAAUGGUCUGCGUGGAGCUUGUGGCCAGUGAUAAAACCAACACAUUUCAAGGAGUUAUUUUCCAAGGAUCGAUUCGCUACGAAGCGCUCAAAAAAGUGUAUGACAAUAGGGUAAGUGUGGCUGCGAAGAUGGCUCAGAAGAUGUCGUUUGGGUUCUACAAGUAUAACAACAUGGAGUUUGUGCGCAUGAAGGGGCCUCAGGGCAAGGGGCAUGCAGAGAUGGCAGUAAGCAGGGUCUCCACCGGUGACACCUCACCAUACGGCACUGAGGACGACUCCAACCCAGGGUCGCCUUUGCAUGAGAGGGUGACUUCAUUUAGUACACCACCAACGCCAGAAAGGAACAGCCGCCCUUCAUUUUUCUCGCCCUCUUUAAAGAGAAAGGUGCCAAGGAACCGCAACGCUGAGAUGAAGAAGUCUCACUCGGCCAAUGACAGCGAGGAAUUCUUCAGGGACAGCGAUGAUGGUGGAGAUAUGCAUAAUACAACGAACCUGAGAUCUCGCUCGCUGUCUGGGACGGGGAGAUCUUUGGUUGGAUCGUGGCUGAAACUGAACAGAACUGAUGAGAACUUCUUACUCUAUGCACACUUAACAUAUGUUACCUUGCCCCUGCAGCGGAUCUUGUCAGAUAUUUUGGAAGUGCGACAGAAGCCGAUUCUGAUGUCAUAGCGAAGACAAAUUGGCUGAACAGUGUUUAAAAACUGCCAAAGUGCCUAUUUGACCCGCAGUGGUGCCAUGUGACAAUACUACCACCUGGUGGCAAGAAGCAUACACGCACAGAACUAAGAAAAGACUUCUCCCGUUUGCCUCUGCAGGGGCAUGUGAGAUCUGGGAUCCUGCAGUUACAAAGGGGUUAAAAAAACCUAAAACAAAUACCAGCCAAUCAAAAAGUGCCUCUUUACCCCUCCACUGGUGUAUGCUUAAACUACAUCCUUAUGGUGUUUUGGAAAGGGGCUUUGUAACUAAAAGGGGCUGUGUUAAGAAAAAAAAACCUAAUGAAAAAAGCCAAAAUUAUUGGUUAAUUUUUUUUAUUUUUUUGUGAUCCGUACUUUUAGUAGCAGCGAACAAAGUCUAUGAACUGCGCAACACAUUAUGUACACGAUUCGGUAAAGUUGCAAUUUCAUGAAUGUCUUUCUGUGAGUUCCGAACUAAUGUUGUGUUUGGCGUACGUCUUCAUGGCUUCAACGUCUCAGAGGUGGAAACAUCCUUUCUGAAGAGUUUUUUUUUAUUAUUUUAUUUUUUUGCACUUUCCAAUUCAAACAGUGUUUUGAGGGGUGUUUUCUCCUUAUUUUGUGUAUCUCCAAAUUUCAUGCACAACAUCAAUGAUUUCUCUAAAACAGAUUCUGCCCUAAAUUAAAAAUGUCUGUAAGAUCAUUCGAAUGGGAAGGGUGCAUGGUCCUCUGUCCAUUUUGCAGCCCGUGCCCUGUGUGAAGGAAGUUUAUAAUAACGUAUAGCAGACUGUCUUAAAACAAAUGUUAUAAUUUACUAAAUACUGGAGCUUUGGGGCGGUUCUCCUCAGCUAGACACGAACUGACCAUUCUAUUUUCUGUGAUCUCACCGUUUCAUGUGAAAGUGAUAAAAGAAAAUUAGACAUUUAAAGGGACAAAGUCUUUGAGCAAGUAACACAUCACUCCAAAUGGAAUGUGCAUAAUUCACUUAAUAUUUCAAAUCACUUUAUAGUUAUACAAAAAGGGAGAUGUACAGCCACAUGUUCUGAGCUAUUUUCUUUUUUAGGACUUUAUCAGUUUCAAUUAAACAUUUAAUAUAACUUGCUAACAUUGGAUUAAAACUAUUGAUCUAAUGCUUUUUAGUUUAUCUAUUAGGUUGACACAUUUCUUUAACGUGUUUUAAGCUUGGCAUUAAAAUGAAAAGGGCCGAGGGAUAUUUUGAUUGUCCCAAAGCAGAAAUAAAACCCUUUUCAGAAUAUGAUGUGAUUGGGAACUAACAUGGGUUUUUUUAAUGUUUGCUUUAAUUGUUACCGAAGAUGAUUGAUGCUUGGAUUUUGAGAGGCCUUCUUGGGAGAGUUUAGGCUGAUUUUAGCACUUAUUCAUUUCCUGGCUCUCUUAUCUCCCAAUCUCCUUGCACUAAAACCACAGAAGGGGGAUAGACUGAGUGAAUUUGUAGGACUUGGAAAGCCCUCUGUGAAAGGUAUAAUUGCAGAUUUUUGUCACUCUAGAAAACUGUUCACACUCGUACCCCUCCAUGAAUCCGGUUGUGGAUUACACAUGUUUGUACUUUUGAUUUGUGUAUUUUGUGUUUGUCACAUGUGCUUUGUAAUCCUAACACUGUUAUCUAGAGCAGAUCUGUGGAAGACAAGGUAAUCAGAGCGGAAUGUUGGCAAAGGUUGUGCAGUUGUGAUGAGAACCCUUUAUGAGGAGUGGUGGUAAAGCCUGCAUAGUAUCGCAUUAAAAUGAAUGUCGCACAUGUUGUUUGUACGUUUCUCGGAUAGUUUGGCCAUGGUGUCUUCGUGUGAGUGUUUGAAUCAUUGAAAGGGCUACAAUCCCCAACCCAAAACAUUGUCUAGAUUUUAGUUUUAUGGAAAAGUAUUAAUGUCCAUUGUGUAAUUAUCUCUAUCAGUCUGUGACUGGGAAGUGUCUUUGGUGUUGUCUUCCCAAAAAUUCAGUAUUAAAGGUGGGAUAGAUCGAUUUUUAUUAUAAGAGCCGACAUUCAGAAUUUUAUCGAUAAUCGUCCUUCUAAUUUACUGAUCUAAACCAUAACUCUCUCACCUCUCGCAGUCACCACACGCUAUAUUCUGCACCUAGAAACUCCAGAUGUCGGCCCUAGCAGCUUCACGCCAUGACCUGGCGUCGCCCCGCAUGUGGAGCUCGGCUGAAGGCAGGGAGAUGAGACCGUGAAUAAUCUACUGUAAUGUACUGAGCUCGCCGUCUGGGAGUGACAGGAGUGUGAUUGUGUCAGCUAAUGCUAGAUUUGUUAGAAAUUGUACCUUUUUCAAAACUCUAAAUGUACAAAAUGUCGUCACUGGGAAUCGGCAAUUAGCCCGAAAAGCGACCGAUAAUCUGUAUCGGCUCUGGAAAAAUGAAAACUGUCCAUCCCUACAUAAAAGUGUCUGAUAGAUUGUGUAGUGAUGUCUGGCUUCAUGGGGGAGGAAGCAGAAAGUAACUCCUCUUUUGACUGUAAAUAGUGUGUUUUGUUUUUUGGGGGGCGGGGGGAGAAGAGAUUUUAUUUUUAUUUUUGUCCUUUGUUUGUAAUCUGGGUUUAACCCCUUAAGGACACAUGACGUGUGACAUGUCAUGAUUCCCUUUUAUUCCAGAAGUUUGGUCCUUAAGGGGUUAAAUGACUUACUGAAUGAAAGGUAAAGUGACUUGAUGAUCUGUCAGGUGGGGACGAUAUUGUGCGCUCAAUGGAGCCCUUGGCUAUGUUCAAAACACUUGUUUAACGUGAAAAUGCUCGAGCAGAGGAACAACCAAUAUAAGGCUGCUCGUUCGGUUUGGCUGGGGCAGUCCUGUUUCCUGGCACAAUGUCCCCCGCCUGUUUGGCUUUUUGUGAAUGUCCUGUGGGUUGGUAGUGAUGGCUUCGUACAGAAAGAUACUGGAUGUUCUCACGCCUAUAAUAAGCUGUCAGGCUGGAUCCGGUGUACGUUCCGAGUCUGAGAUUCUAGUCCAUAUUAAGGGGGGCUGAAAUGUAUGAAAGAACUAACCUCUGUGAGUUCUGCAUAAAUGUCUAGUUUCAUUUUGUUUUUACUUUAUUGCACUAUAUACAUGCUUUAAGUUAUUACAUUUUUAUUUAUUAAAGUUAAUUGUCAAAUUGAA